UUAUUAAAUUUUUUUCAUUGAACGAAAACGAAGUGUCGAAAAAAUAUGUUUUCUUCAUAAAAAAAAUAAAAAAAUAAAUACUUUUCUAGUGAGAUCUGAGCUUGGGAAAUGGAGAUUGUAGAAGAACAAGCUCUCACCAUUUCUUCUUCUUCUUCUUCUCUCUAAAUAUAAAGACUUCACCCGAUUGAUUCUUUUAUAUUCUCUUUUCCCAGAUUUUUCUCGGGGAAAAUUCUUUCUUUUCCUCUCCCUCUUUCUUCUCUCACUUGUCUUCGUUCCUUAACACUCCCCUUUUUUUCCCCUAGAUCUAUUAGAAACUGAUUUCGUUUCACUAUUAAACCCAUCGAAGUCUCCGUGAAAGAUUUGGAUUUGCUUGUGUUUUAAUCGAGGAUAAUUAAAAAAAAAAGAAUCCGAUUCCACAGAUGGAAGUAUGUGCUGUGGAUCAGACCGAUUAAAUCAGAUCGUGUCAUCAAGAUCUUCGUCGCCAGUUUCAUUUGAGGAUAAUAACAAUCUUGUUACAAACUUAGUCAUGAAUCACUUGAGAGUCGAAACAGAGGAUACUUUUGCGAGCUUGCUUGAGCUUGCGGCUAACAACGACGUGGAAGGUGUAAGGUUGUCUAUUGAGAGAGACCCUUCUUGUGUAGAUGAAGCUGGUCUUUGGUACGGUCGUCAAAAAGGUUCUAAAGCUAUGGUCAACGAUCAGAGGACUCCGUUGAUGGUUGCUGCUACUUAUGGAAGCUUAGAUGUGAUCAAGCUUAUUGUUUCUUUGACUGAUGCUAACGUCAACCGUGCUUGUGGGAAUGAUCAGACCACCGCGUUACACUGUGCUGCUUCUGGUGGAGCUGUGAAUGCUAUCCAAGUUGUUAAGCUGCUUCUUGCUGCUGGAGCUGAUUUGAAUCUUUUGGAUGCUGAAGGUCAACGAGCUGGUGAUGUUAUUGUUGUUCCUCCUAAGCUUGAAGGUGUUAAGCUUAUGCUUCAGGAGCUUCUCUCUGCUGAUGGAUCAUCGACCGCUGAGCGGAAUCUGCGGGUUGUGACUAACGUUCCUAACAGAAGCUCUUCUCCGUCGCAUUCUCCUACUGGAGAGAAUGGUGGAUCGGGGUCUGGCUCUCCUCUUGGUUCUCCGUUUAAGCUGAAAUCGACUGAGUUCAAGAAAGAGUAUCCCGUUGAUCCGUCUUUACCUGAUAUCAAGAACAGUAUCUACGCGACUGAUGAGUUCAGAAUGUAUUCCUUCAAGGUUAGGCCUUGCUCCCGUGCUUAUUCUCAUGAUUGGACUGAGUGUCCUUUUGUUCACCCUGGUGAAAACGCGAGGAGAAGAGAUCCGAGGAAAUUCCAUUACAGCUGUGUUCCGUGCCCGGACUUUAGGAAAGGAGCUUGUAGACGAGGAGAUAUGUGUGAGUAUGCACACGGUGUGUUUGAAUGUUGGCUACAUCCUGCUCAAUACAGGACACGCCUUUGCAAAGACGGAACAGGCUGUGGUCGGCGUGUUUGUUUCUUUGCGCAUACACCUGAGGAGCUUCGACCUUUGUACGCAUCCACUGGUUCAGCAGUUCCUUCGCCUAGAUCGAAUGCUGAUUAUGCAGCGGCUUUGAGUCUUCUUCCUGGUUCUCCAUCAGGAGUCUCUGUCAUGUCUCCACUCUCGCCAUCAUCAGCUGGGAAUGGGAUGUCUCAUUCGAACAUGGCUUGGCCACAGCCGAAUGUCCCGGCUCUUCACUUACCUGGAAGCAAUCUACAGUCAAGCAGGCUAAGGUCUUCUCUCAAUGCAAGAGAUAUCCCUACAGACGAGUACAAUAUGUUAGGGGAUUACGAUCAGCAGCAGCUUCUCAACGAGUAUUCCAAUGCAUUGAGCCGUUCUGGUCGGAUGAAAUCAAUGCCUCCUUCGAAUCUUGACGAUCUUUUCUCAGCAGAAGGCUCUUCGUCUCCUCGGUUUACUGAUUCAGCUUUAGCUUCUGCUGUGUUCUCGCCCACUCACAAAUCCGCUGUGUUCAACCAGUUCCAACAACAGCAGCAACAGCAGCAGAGCAUGUUGUCUCCAAUCAACACAAGCUUCUCUUCACCAAAGAGCGUUGAUCACUCAUUGUUUUCAGGUGGAGGAAGAAUGUCUCCUCGUAAUGUGGUUGAGCCAAUUUCACCAAUGAGUUCUCGUGUUUCCAUGUUGGCUCAGUGCGUGAAGCAGCAGCAGCAGCAACAACAGCAACAGCAACAACAGCAACAGCAGCAGCAGCAACAACAUCAGUACCGUAGCCUUAGCUCCAGAGAGCUCAGAACAAACUCAAGCCCAAUCGUUGGUUCACCGGUAAACAACAACAACAACAACACAUGGUCAUCAUCCAAAUGGGGAUCCUCAAAUGGUCAACCGGAUUGGGGAAUGAGCUCAGAGGCGCUUGGUAAGUUGAGAUCAUCCUCAUCGUUUGAUGGUGAUGAGCCUGAUGUGUCAUGGGUUCAGUCAUUGGUGAAGGAGUCUCCAACAGAUGCCAAAGAGAAAGCAGCAACAUCAUCUUCCUCAGGGGAAAACGUGAAGCAGCCAAAUCAGAUGGAACCGGUAAUGGAUCAUGCAGGGCUAGAAGCUUGGAUUGAGCAAAUGCAGCUCGAUCAGCUUGUUGCUCAGCAGAAUUGAGAGAAGAACCAAAACCAAAAGUCUCUCUCUUUCUAUGUGGUAGAUAAAAAACCUCUUUUUUACAGGUGGUGGGUGGUUGUGGUAGAAGGGUAACAACAAGAUUAACAAAGAAGAGAGAAGAAAGAAGUUUUCUUUGUUUUUUGGUCAA